CUGGACAUCAGGGGCUGGCAUGUCGGGCUGUGUAGCGGGCAGAGGCACGUCAGCGGGCACCGAGUCAUCUGGCACGACAGCGGGCACAGAGUCACCGGGCACGUCAGCGGGCACCAAGCCUUCUAGCAGAACUGCGGGUACCGGGUCACCAAGCUCGACAGCAGGCACCAAAUUAACUGGCACGACAGCGGGCACCGAGUCAACUGGCACGACAGCAGGCACCGAGUCAACUGGCAUCGAGUCAUCUGGCUCGACAGCGGGCACCGAGUCAACUGGCACCAAGUCAACUGGCAUCAAGUCAUCCGGCUCAACAGCGGGCACUGAGUCAACUGGCACCGAGUCAACUGGUACGACAGCGGGCACCAAGUCAACUGGCACCGAAUCAUCAGGC